AUGAAUAACCACCACGCUGCAUUUUGGUCCGCCUCUCCUUCAACUAAAGAAAACCGUUACAGAAUCACCCACCGCAACAGGGCCAAGCGGCGUGGUAACGGGCAACGGCAACAGCAACAGCCGCGCAAAGAGGAAUGGACAUGGGACGAUGUAUUGGACGGCAAGGUGCGUCUCCUUGAGCUGGCUUACAUGGCACCAGCCUCGCGCAUGGUGUCCCCGGGUCGCCUGCAUAGUCCAGUGCGGGCUAUUCCACCUCGCCGCACUGGCAGGGCGACCGGGAGCAUUCAACCGGGUAAGGUUGGGCAGGCUCGGUGCUCAAGAGUUCCAGUGCGCCUGAAAGCUGGUGAAGAGAUCAGGCUGGUCGAUGGCACUAGUCGCUGCUCGGGGACAGUAGAGAUUCUUUACAAGGGCCAGUGGGGACGAGUGUGUGACCAGAAGUGGGACGUAAAUGAUGCCAAUGUGGUGUGUGGCCAGCUGGGCUGUGGGAGAGCUGUGAGUGCCCAAGGUAGUGCCCACAUAGGUCAGGGUAGUGGUGGCAGGCCUACUUGGCUGGAUGAUGUUGGGUGUAAAGGCACUGAGAGCUCCCUCACAGAAUGCUCACAUGGAGGAUUGAAACACCAUGACUGUUUACAGGCUCAAGAUGCCAGAGUUGUCUGCUCAGUUCAACCUAAUAUCAGACUGGUCAAUGGGAGUGACCUCUGCUCUGGGAGGGUGGAGGUCUAUCAAACUGGUCACUGGCGGACCGUGUGUGACGACGUGUGGGACUUGAAUGAUGCUGCUGUGGUUUGCAGACAGCUUGGCUGUGGGAGAGCUGAUAGUGCACCUGAGAGGGCCUACUUUGGUCAGGGCAGUGGGCCCAUCUGGCAAGAUGAUGUUGGCUGCUCUGGCACGGAGUGCUCCAUCACACAGUGCUCACACACAAGAGAAGGAACACAUAACUGUAAUCAUGGUAACGACGCAGGUGUUAUUUGUUCAGGGGUUGUGUUGCAGAAGCCUUCACUCUCCACAGACCCGUCCUACUCUGCCUUCUUGCAUGGAGAGGAGGUCCAGCUCACCUGCACUCUUCCAUCCCGUAUCCACUGUAAUGCUGUGGAGUUCAUCUUCUAUCUGAAUGGAGACUCCGUCAUGACCGUGACCGUUGGAUCCCCACAGCCCAGGGCUACUUUAACAAAGUUUAAGAUGGACGCUUCACACCAGGGCAGUUACAGCUGUCUCUACAGAACCCACUCCAACGGCAAAGCCAUCAGCUCCCCUUACAGCAACGUUACUAAAGUGGUCCUGCUACAGCCCAACAUCUCUCUCAGUCCUCCAAAUGGAGGGACGUUUUGGGAACCUCAUGGGCCAGAGGUGACCAGGGGCCACAGCUUCUCCAUCACCUGCUCCAUUCAGCCACAGUAUCCCGGAGGCCUCUUCUAUCUGGACUUCUCUGGGUCCAACAGAACAGACACUACGCCAGCAGUCAACCACUCUGCCUGCUUCCACUUCCCUGUUGCAGAGUAUAAAGACCAGGGGAAAUAUAGCUGCAGCUAUGGAGUCAACAUCUCCACGCGGUCAUUCAGGUCGGCUAAUAGUGAACUAGCUGUCACCAUUAGAGCCUCUAUGGUCCCCAUCAUUGCCUCUGGAGGGACUGGUGGGCUAGCACUCCUGUUUCUGCUUCUGCUUGUCAUCUGUCUAGUCAACAGGAGGACCAGAAGGAGCAGCAAGCCAUCUACAGAGACUGACCAGAGAGAAUGUACUGACAACAGACACAGAGGGGAGGACAACGAAGAGGGAGAGGACUAUGUGACUUUUGAAAACGUCUGUUACGAGAGAGGUCUGGAGAGGGGGAAGAGGGAAAAGAAGAAUGAGGAGGAGAAAGGGCACAUCUAUGGGAAAUCAGAGGAUGUCUAUGACAACGUGGAGGGAAACACUCAAAGAAAGGGUGUUUGUGGGGGGUCUCAUGAAAAAAUGAACAGUGACGAAGAAGAUUACGUUAAUGUCUCCGCUCAGGACAAUGCUGUAACACAGGCAGGCGCGUCAGCUGGGUUCAGAGUGGAGCGAGUGAUCACUCUGAAGAUGGAGGUCCCAGGCUCCAUGCCUCCUCACAUCCAGGAGAUGGUGGAAAACUCAGAGGGUCUGGAGGGCCAGGGGACCGAUUCCAGCAGAGGAGGCAGCUGUGCAGCCUGUCCCGCAGCUCAGCCCGUAGCAGCCCCCUUGCACCCUCCCCUUAGACGGGGGUCCACUGCCACCCCUCAUGCAUGGACAGCCAGAAGAUACCUGAUAUUGGAGGACAUUACAAGGAUCAAGAUGGUGACAACUCUACUCUUUGUGGCAUUAGCUCAUCAAAUGGUGUUGUGUUCAUUGGCAGCUGGUGAAGAGAUCAGGCUGGUCGAUGGCACUAGUCGCUGCUCGGGGACAGUAGAGAUUCUUUACAAGGGCCAGUGGGGACGAGUGUGUGACCAGAAGUGGGACGUAAAUGAUGCCAAUGUGGUGUGUGGCCAGCUGGGCUGUGGGAGAGCUGUGAGUGCCCAAGGUAGUGCCCACAUAGGUCAGGGUAGUGGUGGCAGGCCUACUUGGCUGGAUGAUGUUGGGUGUAAAGGCACUGAGAGCUCCCUCACAGAAUGCUCACAUGGAGGUUUGAAACACCAUGACUGUUUACAGGCUCAAGAUGCCAGAGUUGUCUGCUCAGUUCAACCUAAUAUCAGACUGGUCAAUGGGAGUGACCUCUGCUCUGGGAGGGUGGAGGUCUAUCAAACUGGUCACUGGCGGACCGUGUGUGACGACGUGUGGGACUUGAAUGAUGCUGCUGUGGUUUGCAGACAGCUUGGCUGUGGGAGAGCUGAUAGUGCACCAGAGAGGGCCUACUUUGGUCAGGGCAGUGGGCCCAUCUGGCAGGAUGAUGUUGGCUGCUCUGGCACGGAGUGCUCCAUCACACAGUGCCCACACACAAGAGAAGGAACACAUAACUGUAAUCAUGGUAACGACGCAGGUGUUAUUUGUUCAGAAGCCUUCACUCAUCCACAGACCCCCUGUUUGUGGUUGAAUCUGUGUAUGAAGUUCACUGCUCAACUGAGGGACUCUGCCUUCUUGCAUGGAGAGGAGGUCCAGCUCACCUGCACUCUUCCAUCCCGUAUCCUCUGUAAUGCCAAAACAAAGGGGUUGGAUACUUAUUGA